AUGUCCUCCACCCAACGGACCAGUCUGGGUCGGGGGGGCAAGGCUGGUAGCAAGGAUGGUGCACCCUUGAGCAAACGCAACAAAUCAGCCAGCGCCUCCACAACGCUCAAGUCAGAGGCCACUCCCGCAAGCAACCAAUCAAAUGGCGAGGCGGAGGCCACCAAGAAAACAGAGGUUGCUCGGGCAAUGCUAGACCACGAUCCCGAGGGCCACCCGCAUGGCCCACUGGAAGGUCAUGACUUUGAGAAUGAGAAUGACGAUGCGGAGAAUGAGAGCGACGGCGGUGAUGAUGACGACGAUGAAGACAUCAAGCCCGACACGACUGCGACUGCUAAGAGGCCCUCCAACAAGCGAGCCUCUAAUCGCGAAAGUGCGCGCCGCUUUCGACAACGUCGUAAGGAAUACAUCGGGCAAUUGGAGAAGAAGGUUUCGCGACUCAUCUCUGAAAACCAGCGAUUAAGAGCCCUUCUCACGGCACACCUUCAGCUAGCCGGCAUGGACCCGGAAGCCAUCAGCAAAGCUCUCGAUUCGGGAUCUGUUAGCAAUGGCGCCAAGGGAAGUGCAAGCGACGUUGCGGCGGCUGCGGUAGCCGCAGCCGCCGCCUUGCCAGCCAAACCAUCUGCCGCCGCCGCCAGCAACGCACAUGCCUCCAAAAAUUCGUCUUUUGCGCAGCACAAGCACGGUGCCGCGUCCAGUUUUCAGAAUCAGCUGAUGCGACCGCAAGUCUCGGCCUCGUCUCAUUCUUCAUAUCCUGCCACCAUGAAUGGGUUGGAAUUUACCAACGUGGCCUCAGAGUCGGUAGCACCUAGCAGCAACGACAAAUCUGGCUUACCCAACCCCCAGUUUCCCGUGAACCCCGAUACCUUAGCUCUGGGGCAGGGACCAAAUGUCAGCAAUGCAAUGGCUUCGCUGGUAGGCAACGGAGCACCGGGUUCCACCCCAGGCCCAGCUGCUGCCGCCGCCGCCGCUGCUGCUGCCGCCGCCGCGGCUGCAUCCCAAAAUAAUGGCCUUUACGCCAUGCUCCAGAUGGGCAUGAACCCGAGUCACCCCAUGUUCAACACGUUACAGUCAAUGAGUAACCCUGCCGUCGCCAUGGCCAACAUGCCCAACCAUCCCAUUCAUUGGCUUCCCUUUCUGACGGGAAGCAGUCCCCCCUUUGGUGCGCCUUCGCCUACGUCAUGGCAAACGACGGUUCAUUCGGGCCACACUGGUUCAAAUCCGGCUGGCCAGGCGCCUGUCUCGUCUUAUGGGCUCAGCGCUGCCUCAACCACCUUUGCUUCAGCCAGCUAACCCAAGAGCAGUCGUUGUUGCUUUUCCUCCACCUCGACUUUCCUUCUUUUACUCUAUUUCUUUCCCUUUGUCCCUUGUUGGCACACGCUGCGCCGCAAGAGAUGGUUGUUGUUUUGCUAGAUACGGAUAGGAUUUCUGCGUUUUACUCUAUGGUUUGGAGGUGUUUCAUGUCAGUCUGCCCUGCCCCAAUGGAUUAGUCCAGCAUGGCAUCCAAAGCGGGCAGAGCAGGUAUGGACGCGCGUGACCAAGGGGCCCAUACCCACUGAUGGUUAGUCCUUCAGCUAUGGUCUGUUCGCCCUUCUUGUAGCCCCCCCUUUUUUUUCAACUCGUGCAUCAGAUCUUCCCGACUUUCUGCCAUCAUGAUUUUCAACGAUUCUUUAUGGCCCCCCUUUUUUUUUUUUGAGUCUUCCUGCCCUUGAUGGUGUUAGCCUUUUCCACUUUUACAGCUUGGUUUUCUUUUCUUUGCUCUGCCAUCAUCAUUUUUUGAUUGAAACUCAAGACCGUGGUGUUGAACACCUUUAUCCUGGUUACAUAAAUUGGAUCAAAUUGCCCUC